AUUAGCGCCCUCCGCUGUUAUGCCUACUGCGCUUACCGGUACCAGCGAAGGCCCGGCCUGACAGAUAUAGGUUUCGGUUUUUCGGUCCCUGGACGACUCUGUUUUGUGUGUGAGUGAAAGUAAGAGACAAAUAUGUCUGGAGCAAGACCCACUAGAGACCUGGAAAUAUUCGAGACGCCAGACCCGACCCCCAACGCGUUCACCUACGAGGAUGACAGACAUAGUGAAGUAGUUCACUCUCUCGACGCAAACAUCAAGAGCUCUUUCAAGAGAUUUAAAAACACGUCUCUGGACCCGAAAAGUGCAGAUUUUUCUGAUGCUCUCGGUCGUCCAAGACAGUGCGGGUACCAGGCCGAGCCCAGCGAGUAUGGAAUCCAGCCUGUUGCCAGGGAACCAGAGACUCUGAUGCAGCGGUACCAGAGACUGAAGACUGAAGUGGUGGAGUUGGCAACGGACGUGCAGGAGGUCUCGGAGGCUCAACAGAGCUCAGACAAGAUGCUCGACGUGUCUCCCGUUGAUCUGGCUCAGGAUGUAGAUCUUAAAAGUCAAGUCGAGGCUAUCGGCUGUGGGGAUAGGGGCGUGGCUUCAGGUAGUCACGGUAACCAACCAAUCUACGAACUCUAUGCUAAAACGGAGACGGCGAAAUUUUCCCAUCUCUCGAAGUUGAGUGAGGUUGAAGAGAGACUGGCUCAGCUGGAAGGAGUGGUAGGAAACGCAGAUAUGAAAGUGUGCAGUACAGUUGGUGGGCUGGAUGCCGACCAAAACGAUCUCUCUACAGCAGUUCUGAAUCUCCAGGCCAAGGUAGCACUCCUGGAUUCUGGACACAUCAGUGCCAUUGCCGAGCAACUACAGGAGGUGCUGACACUGUUGGGUAGCGUGGAUAAAAAGUCUGAAGAAGGAGAGAAAGAUGCAGACAGGCAGACCAAGGUCUCUGAGGCUCUGGAGGCUGUGAGCAGAAUGAAAUCCAUUGCUCCCCUCAUCCCUGAUUUGAUAUCGAGACUGCAUGCUCUGAGGGAUUUGCAUGAGAGAGCGGCUCAGUUUGCAAGCUCCGUGGCUGUAAUGGCAGACAGUCAGGACCAACUGACCAAACAGACUGAACACCUACAAUCCCUGCUAACAGAGAUGGAGGCUUCAUUCAAGGAGAACCUUGCAACUGUUCAAGCCAACUUUGCAAAUCUGGAGGCUCGAUUUGAUGCAGUCAAGGCAUGAGAUGUGUGCAUAGCUCUAUACCCCAUGCUAGGUACAUAUCAGCAAACAGUGGUCCAAACUGACAAAUGUUCAUUAAAACUUCGUCUAAUUUAUUCAGUGAUACGAUAAUGUAGCGUUUGUUGUAGGAAAACUUCAUUUUUGAAUCAUGUGUGAAAAGUCAUGACGAGUGAUGGUCGAAUGUGACGUGAUUGGAGGUGGAGAGAGAGUGAAAAAUGGCCGUCAUCCCUGGGUCUGCAGGUGAACAACACACUAGGCCCACCCCAACAUCUCCCUCAAAAUCAGCCACCAUGCUGGGAGCAAUUCGGUAAAAGCUCCACGUCUCUUCCUCAUCUUUUGUACCCCUGCACUCGACAGCUAGACUCUCGCGCACGUGAGACACGCGAACUGCGACGUCGGUGGCGCUGCGCCAGGGACGUACGGACCAGUCGCUGGACCCGUUCGUCACGACGCAAGACAUGCGCGGUGAACCGUCGACCAUUUCGAUGCCGGCCUUCAUCCACCGUUCCUCGGUCGCGUAAACCAUGAGCCCUGCCUGGUCGAACUGAUGCGUGGCGUUUUCCAAACUGAAAUGGAGCUCCGCCGUCCAUUCUUUUAGUCCGUUAGGAACCUUCAUUAGGAGGGCGGGAGCGUCCGUCUUUACCAGUAGUGGCGCGUAGAACGUCUUCUGCCAGAAAUCACUCUUUUCGGUUGUUGUCACGUGCAACCCCGCGCGCCAAACGCCUGCUGCUGCUUCGAGUUCGGAGACCAGCUGGAACUUGGGCUGUUUGUUGAUCCAGUACAGGUGGUCGGGGAGACGCGCCAACCGGAAAAAGUCCAAACGCUCCUCGAACUGCUCUUUCGCCAUUUUGUAGGUCAGCUACACUUACCCCCACAACCGUUCAUGCGCAGUUUGGUGCAUUCGGGCGUUUUGGCUCUGCACUCUCUUUUUAAUUUUGGAGAGACACAGAAAGAGAGAAGAUGGCGGAAGCGACGGAUCAGCUGGAGAACGGCGGGUGCGAGGAAGACGAGGACUCUCACUCGGACCAAGACGAAGAUGAUCCGCAGAAACCGGAGUGGGUCGGCUAUUUCCGUCUCCCUAAGAGAGACGUGAAGCUCGGAGCACCGUUCCUGCCCACGGAUGAGUACCUGCCGGAAGCUGCCAAGAAGAAGGCGACAGUCAACCCGGCAGUGGCGGAGAUGUACACUGGGACUUGGACCAGGAGGAAGACAACCGGAGAGUCACUGGGGGCUCCUCAGACUGUACUGGUCAAACCGGUCGGGUUCCUGAGCGAGAGGGAGGCUCGUAUUCUCUCUAUUGUAGCUGGAACUGACGCAAGUGCGACAAAGUUCAACGUCACCCGUUUUUACGGUGCCGUCAUCUACGCCCCUACCGCAGAGUACCGCAUUGUGCUUGAGUACUGUGAUAUGGGUUACCUGAGAGACUAUGUCCUCAACACAAAGAAAGAGAUUGAUGGGCCUGACCUCGCCAUGCAAAUCGCCAAUGGUAUGAGGUACCUUCAUUACGGUGCCCCAUUUCAUCCCAUCAUUCACCGAAAUCUCCACCCACUCAGCGUUUUGCUCAAGUCCGGUCCUGGCGGCAAAGUCGUAACAAAGCUGCAUGGGUUUCAACAUGCAAAGAUAAUGGCCCCCCAUGAGACGUUUGGAGGGCAAACAGUAGCUCCCACCAACCCUGGACUGUGGCAAGGACCAGAGCUAAUAAUGGGUGAGGACACGUCGCGCACAGAGUCGGACGUCUACUCGUAUGGGAUGGUGGUCUGGCACAUAUUCUCACGGCAGCUGCCUUGGGAGGGGAAGAGGAUGACGGACCCCCAAAUAAUGAGACUAACCGUCAUGAACAAAAAGAGACCGACAAUGCCUCCCAGUUCAGAUUGCCCCAAACUAUACGAAGUCCUCAUCGACAAAUGCUGGGACGAAGAUUUUAAGAAACGGCCAGAUUUCAUAGUCAUCAUGAAAGCUCUCCGAAGGAAUGAUGUCACCGUUAUAGACCCAACUGCUCUGGUGGCCAAAUGUUCAGCUGUUGAGCCUCCACCUCCUGUGGAAGAUGUGGAAAAGCGGCCAGAAUGGGAGCUGGAUCCCGAGAAUCUGCCGACAGAAGGAGACCAAAUCUUAUCCUCCAACAAAUCCACCAGCACAGUUGUGGUUGCCAAGUACGACGACGAUCGCCAGGUGGCGCUAUGGAAACCAGUCAGAAUAGACACCGAGAAGCCAACGAGGGAGCAGUUUGCAGACUACAUGGCCGUUGCUAGGAAAAUAUCACACGAUCACGUGAUAUCAUGUGACGGUGUGCUCCUGAUGGAAUCGAUCCAGCUCCCGCUCAUGGAGCUGAGCGUGCGGCAACACCUGAAGGGGAAGAGGGUUAAAGACGCCAAGACCAACAAGCAGAAGACCAUCGUCAAAGGAUUCGGGUCAAUGACCGACGAUCAAACUUCGCACGUCAUGAAAUGUGUCCUGAAAGGGUUAAAUUACCUUCACACCACUGCUGGAAUCUCCCACAGGGGUCUGAGCACGUCAAAUGUACUCAUCAGUAAAAACAAGAAAUCCCGCGCGACAGCGUGGAGCGUCCGUCUGUGCGACUACAACCUCUGUGCACUCGGAAUUGAUUCUCACUCAAACAGCGCUCGCUAUCUUCCUCCCGCGGCCGUGAGGGGAAAACCGAGGGGCGACCUUUACACCUGCGGAAUUAUGUUUGUCGAAAUGCUAACCGGGAAAGACAAUUCGACGACCGACAAGAAGAAGAAGGACAUCUGGUCGAAGGCUCGCACUGAAGUGAGGCAGCAGUCGAGGAGGAUAUGGGAGGCGGUCAAACUGUGCGAAAAUAUCGAAACACAUGAAAAUCUGACACCCAGUGCAGUGUUGGGAUUUUUGUAGCUUACAUCAUUGCUCUCUUCUCUCCAUUACGUCACUUUUUCGCGUGUUUUUAUAAUUAUCUGCUGUGUGUUGUUGCAAAACUUAGUGUUAUAAAAAAUUUAUCAUCAUUUGUGAUUUCCAUUUAGACAUGUAUAUCAAGGAAAAAUAUAACUCCUGUAAUAUCUAUAAUUAUAGUCCCAAGAAAUGUGGCUAGCUUUCUUCUUGCAUGGAGUGAAAGGCCGAAAUGAGAGUAUUCAGCCCUGUAAUAUAGCCUUCAUCUGGUCCAGAGUAUUUGACUGGGUCGUGUUUGCACCUCGCGUGGGUCGCGUGUGCGAAAUCAAUCAUCCUAACCUUGACUAAUGUCCCUGCUUCUUCCACAGAGAAACUGUCAGACUCUCCUUUGGAACGUUGGUGGUCUAAAUCUUCAACUGGGAGUUCCUCGCUAAAUGACGGUCCGUUUGCACCGCCCUCCCUCUCCUCCCCACCCUCACCUCCUCCGACUUCACUCCCGGAUGAUAAUUUCGAAAAACUUUCUCUCCCCUCCAAAACCCUGGUCCUUUCCCUAAGAGUCGGCCCAGAAUCACUAGCAGUAGCGGCACCAGUUUGCUCCAGUUUCCCGUCGUACACAAUCAACAGAGAAGACGAGAAGAAUCGAAAAGAGUCCUGUCGUUGAAUCAUAUCUCUCAGCUGCCGGAGCUUGCAAAGGAGUGCCGAGAUUACGUCUGAGCGUAGGGAGAACCCGCUGUGGACAAAGUGUCGCAGUUCGUCGUGGAAACCUUGCGGGGUUAGCUCUCGGCAGUAGUACUUGUCCUUGAAGGUGUAGACUCCUAGAGAGGAAUUGUAGACCUGUACGAGAGGGAGAGAGACUUUUCAUACUGCCAUGUCCCAUACUUUCAUACUUCAAUGUUCCAUACGUUCAUACUCCCAUGUCCCAUGCUCCCAUGACACGUAUAAUAUGUAGUGUUUUCUGUCUCUGAGCAUAAGUCCAUGAAGAAAUUAUACCAUGUGAUGCCAAGAGAAAAAGAUGCGGAGCUCUCCAUGCAUUUCUUUCUCUCUGCUCUUUGACUAUAGUGUGCAAUUGAAACACGUCAUGUCUCCCCCAUACCUGGACACCCGCCAUGCUGACUCCGAGCCGUGCGGAGGUGGUCGACGCACAUCUCUCCAUGUGUCGUCGUUGCUUCUCCUCCGAUUGGUCGUCUCCAUGACGACGAGUCCCCAUCUUUAGGUCCAUGAUACACGGUCGAUCAAAGCUACACGUCAGGUCUUCCAGGACGAGGUAAUCUGUUUGCAGGAUUAUGAAUUUUAAAGAGGAAGUGCUUGGUCCAGAGUUCACUAGUUAGUAAACGUUUAGUGAAUUGACUUUAGCCACUAUGUAAACUCUCUAACAUAAUAUCAGCACCUAGUUUACAAAAUAUGGUUACGGGUUUAUGCAAUGCUCGGGAAAAGAAUAUUAAAAAGCUACUGCAAUAACGUUCCUCUUGUUUUUGAGUCUUGUUGGUUGUUGCCUGCGAAAAACCACUUUCAGGGAUAACUGGCAACCUUGAAUAAUCUAGCAGGCCAGAUUUUUUAAAAUAAUACACAUUUGCUCCGAACAAUGCACUGAAAUUCAUGUGGUUAAUCUGGCUAUCUCAUUCUGUGCACACUUGCUUAUAAGGCACACACACAUGGUGACAAUAUUGAAUUUGUGUGGGACUAAGGUGUGUGACUGAGAGUGGUGGGACUUGCCUUGGAAGAGGUCCUGGAGUUGUGUGGCACCAAAGUGUGCGAGAAUCGACUGCAUGUUAGUCAUGCAAGCCGUACUCCAGGGAUUUGAGAAGUAGCCGUUUGAAGCUUUCACGAUUUCCUCAUGUUUCAGUCCGUUGAAACCGGCUGUCGCCUUUAUGAAAUCGAGUCUCACGAUUGGGUGAGUGAGCGACUGCGUGUCACCCUCGGUCCUGUCCCCAGACACACACGUUUCCAUUUCCCCGUUCCCCACCCCGGACCCGUGUCCGGUCUCGAUUCCAUUCCCGGUGGCGACGAGGUGGACCCUACCAUCUUCAGUCAAUUUGAAUCUGAUGCUUACAACACCGUAAUAAACUGGCGUGAAUUUCUUCAACUCUCCGGGCAACGUGGAGUAGAAUAAAUGCUCGCGAGGGAGCAUCGGCUUGCAUAUUGCCUUCCCGAACUUCAUUAGCAGAGAGUGGCCGCCGACCUGGUGGCCGUAGGCCCGCAGCUCCACCGGUCCGUCUUUAGUCAACUGACUGAUGUAAUCUUCGUCGUCUGUACUGCCGUUCACCAGCGUUUCUAGACCGGCUGACAUGUCUCUCCGGCUUUGUGUGGGUAGGCUUUGCAGAAUUGUACCGAA